AUGGAAAAGAAAAAGCAAGAGAUGUCUCAGAUUUACAAUCCUAAGAAUGAAUUUAUUUUUGGGGAAAAUGGUGGUAAGGGCAAACAUUUAUCGUCUUUCCUAAAGAACUUGUCAUUGACUGGGAGCACAUCUACAAGCUCCAAAAAGCCUAGUAGCUAUAAAGAUGCCAAUAGCAAUAUCUAUGGAGACAUGUCUUAUGGAUCGUCGAAAAAUACAAGUGCUAUUGAAGGUUAUAAAGGAGGAUCACCAAUUCAGAGAUCAACUUCAGUAGGGGCUUCGUAUACACAUUUUAAUCCAACAGAUCAUCAGAAGGCUGAUAAUAACCCCUUACUGUCUUAUGCGUUGAAUCCAAAUCAUUCUAAGUCUUCGCCAGCAAUAAAGCGGCCACAUGCGAAAACUCGAUAUGCUGAUUUAGAUGAUGACUGGGAUGCUGGCCUAGACGAGGUCAAUGCGUCAGAUAUUAGGAAAAGCUCCCACGAAAAGGGCCAUAUUUCAAGAAUUACGAAUGAGGAUAAUAAGUCAUCAAGAUCAUCAUUGAACUUACCAACAAAUACAGUUUUGGAUUCGCUUUAUCCAGAUUUAACAAUAUCUGCUGCUGGUACAAAGAUAGAUCCACCAAACACAAAUAAAGAUAAAAUUUCACUUGAUAACGAAGAUUUACGAGCAAGAGCUGAAGUCAUUAAACUCAACCAAUUGAAUUCUAAAUAUUCAAAAUUCAGAAAAUUGUUGACCGAAGACGGAAACAUUCAAAUACAAGAGUUACGAAGGUUAUCAUGGAAUGGCAUCCCACCAGAACUAAGAGCAAUUACGUGGCAAAUACUCUUAGGAUAUUUACCAACUAAUAAAUCUAGGCAAUUCUCCACUCUCAAAAGAAAAAGAGAAGAAUACUUGGAAGGAUUAAGAGUAAUUUCUGUGGACCUUGAUGAUGAUGCUCCCUCGAAUACUUCUGUCUCUUCUCUUGCAAGUAACAGUACAGCGAAUAGGGAGAAACAACUCUCUCACCAAAUUAAGAUUGAUGUCAAAAGAACAAAUCCCACAGUGAAACUAUAUGGCUAUCCUGAAGUCCAACAAUCUCUAAGAAAAAUUUUAUUCUUAUGGGCAAUGAGACACCCAGCGAGUGGAUAUGUUCAAGGGAUAAACGAUCUUUCUACUCCAUUUUAUCAAAUAUUUCUACUCAAUUACAUCUGGCAACUACAAAAGAAAAAGGAUGAGAAUGAUUUGUUCAUUCCCGGAUUAUUGGACGAAUCAGACACGAAAGAACAAGAUCUAUUAAAUGACCCAAUGCUUAUGCAUUAUAACUUGGAAAACUUCAAUCCUAAUAAGCUUUCUUCGCGGGUUCUUUCCAUAAUUGAAGCGGAUACUUACUGGUGUUUAUCACGGCUUCUUGAAAAUAUCACAGAUAAUUAUAUUCAUGAGCAACCAGGAAUAAUUCGUCAGGUCGGUGAAUUAAAAAAUCUUAUUGCAAAAAUUGAUAUGGAGCUUCUCAAGCAUUUUGACGAUGAAGGUGUUGAGUUUAUUCAAUUCUCAUUUAGAUGGAUGAACUGUUUAUUGAUGAGAGAACUUUCCAUAAAUUUAAUCAUAAGAAUGUGGGAUACGUACUUGAGUGAGACCCCCUUAGGAUUCAAUAAUUUUCAUGUAUAUGUCUGUGCCGCAUUUCUUAUCAAGUUUAGCAGUGAGCUAAAGCAAAAGGAUUUUCAAGAAAUUCUACUUUUCUUGCAAAACCCUCCAACAUCCAAGUGGAAAGAAAAGGAUAUCGAAUUAGUUCUUAGUGAAGCUUUUAUUUGGCAGAGUUUAUAUAGAAAUGCCAGCGCUCAUUUGAGGUAA